GCCGCGCUCGCUGGCUGGCCCGGAGCGGGCGCCAGGCUCCCGCCGCAGGAGAGGACCAUCAGUGCCGCCACCACCACUUCGGCCCGGGCCCCGGCCCCGCCCCGGGCCCCGGCCCCAGCCCCCUGCCUGGCCGGGCGAUGAAGUGUCACUACGAGGCGCUGGGGGUGCGGCGCGACGCCAGCGAGGAGGAGCUCAAGAAGGCCUAUCGGAAGCUGGCCCUGAAAUGGCACCCGGAUAAAAAUCUGGAUAAUGCCGCAGAAGCAGCUGAACAAUUUAAAUUAAUCCAAGCAGCAUAUGACGUGUUGAGUGACCCUCAGGAAAGAGCAUGGUAUGAUAAUCAUAGAGAAGCUCUACUGAAAGGUGGGCUUGAUGGAGAAUAUCAAGAUGACAGCUUAGACUUGCUUCACUAUUUCACUGUUACCUGUUACUCUGGUUAUGGAGAUGAUGAAAAGGGCUUUUAUACGGUGUAUCGUAAUGCUUUUGAAAUGAUUGCAAAGGAAGAACUAGAAUCAGUGUUAGAAGAAGAUGUUGAGGAUUUCCCAACUUUUGGAGAUUCCCAGAGUGACUAUGAUACGGUAGUCCAUCCUUUCUACGCUUAUUGGCAGAGUUUCUGUACUCAAAAGAACUUUGCUUGGAAGGAAGAAUAUGAUACACGACAAGCUUCAAACCGCUGGGAGAAACGAGCCAUGGAAAAAGAAAACAAAAAGAUGCGAGACAAAGCAAGGAAAGAGAAGAACGAGCUUGUGCGGCAGCUGGUAGCUUUCAUUCGGAAAAGAGAUAAAAGAGUGCAGGCUCAUCGGAAGCUUGUGGAGGAGCAGAACGCGGAGAAGGCGAGGAGGGCUGAGGAGAUGAGGCGGCAGCAGCAGCUAAAGCAGGCGAAAUUGGCAGAUCAGUACAAAGAACAGAGCUGGAUGACAGUGGCCGAUUUGGAAAAGGAGCUCAGGGAGAUGGAGGCGCAGUAUGAAAAGGAGUUUGGAGAUGGAUCAGACGAAGAUGAACUGGAAGAACAUGAGCUCAAAGACAGACAGGAUGGUAAAGGCAGUGAUGAGGCCGAGGAUGCUGAGCUUUAUGACGGCCUUUACUGCCCAGCGUGUGACAAAUCUUUCAAGACGGAAAAGGCCAUGAGGAAUCAUGAGAAAUCAAAGAAGCAUCGGGAAAUGGUCGCCUUGUUAAAACAACAGUUGGAAGAGGAGGAAGAAAAUUUCUCAGGACCUCAGACUGAUGAACAUUUGUUGAAUGCCAAUUCUGAGGAAGAAAUGGAGGAUGCACCAAAACAAAGGCUUUCUAAAAAACAGAAAAAAAAGAAACAGAAACCAACACAGAAUUAUGAUGAUAAUUUCAAUGAAAAUGGAACUGGAGAAGGAGUAAAGGUUGAUCCAAAAGAUAUCAACUUAAAUCAGGACAGUGCCAAAGAAUUGGAAGAUAGUCCCCAAGGACGUGUCAGUGUCACAGAGACUAUCGAACUGUGUGAUGACCCAAAAAGUGAAGCUAAAAGUGUUCCUAAACCCAAAGAAAAGAAAGCCAAAGAGACAAAAAAGUCUGUCAAGGUACCUGCUGACCCACAGACUCUGAGUGAUGUUCUUAUCAGCUGUACAACCUGCCACAGUGAGUUUCCAUCCCGGAAUAAGCUUUUUGACCAUCUAAAGGCCACAGGUCAUGCAAGAGCACCUUCAUCAUCAUCUUUAAACAGUGUAACAAGUAGUCGAAGCAAGAAAGAGAAACGUAAAAACAGAUAGAAAUUCUGCCAAUGCCUGUUCUUUUUGAUUGUCUUUAGAUUUUGAAACCAAAAACUGAACUGAAAUCAUCUAAAGAGUUAAAAUUUCAGUGAUCUGCAAUUUAUUGCAUUGUGGAAGAUUAUUUUUUAUCUUGUAAAAACAUUUUUUUGUUUAAUAUAUAUUUUUUAAACAUUUCGCUAGUGAUUGAAUUCUACUUUUGCCAUCUGAAUUGACUUGAAUGUCUCAAAACAGGUAAAUAUUAUAAAGUAUGCAUUCUUAAUUUCUGUUGGCUGAUGUGGACAGAAAUGUACAGGGAGAAUUAAACUAUUUUAACACAUACAAA